AUGUCUACCGAAGUUGUCAGAGAAAACAAGGUUCUCCUCACUCCAAAUAACUACGCUCUAUGGUUACUUCCGAUGGAGGCGCGACUUUUCAAAUUGAAUUUGUUGGACGUUGUCAAAGACAAUAUCGUAACUAAAACUGAAGAUGACAAGGCAGCCUGGAACAAGUUGAACAACACCGCCUAUUCCGAAAUCAUAGGAUACAUCGGUCAAGAAGUCCUUGGUUUUGUCAGCUCGGCCCUUCCCUCAACACCUCGCUUCAACGGUCAGGGACUUUGGAAACUCCUGAAGGCUCAAUAUGCUGGCGAUGAUCUCACAUCGCAAACAACCGCGCUGGAUCAGUUUUUACAUCUUGACUUCUCAUCAAUCUCUCUUUUCAUUCCCGCUGUCCGAUCGGCUAAUCAAAAAAUAACAAUGUCAGGAUUGGUUUUGGACGAUCGUGUCCGAACAAUUUUAAUGUUGAAAAAGUUACCGUUGGAUUAUCGCUCGUUUCGCGAUAUCGUUUCGAUGAACUAUGGCUCAUAA